UCUUUAUUUUUUAAAUCAUUUUCAUGUUUUGCAUUGAAGGAGAAAAAGGAUCAUGGGGUAACCUAUAUGAGUAGCUAAAUAGCUCUGUCUACCAGCCCUACAAUAAACCCCACCUUUAUGAGUGCUCGGAUUUUAUUGAAACUGUCUAGGAAAGGUGUUGAUUAAAAUUAUGGAGUCUGUUAGGAAUUACUGGGAGAUGUUUUUAAUAUUUAAUCUGCCGUCACUGAAAUAAAUGGGGUGUGCAAAAUAUAAAAAAAAACAUACCCAGUACGACAUUUAAUACACCAAAAACUACAGUCUUAAACAUUACCACGUUGAAUCAACAUCUGUCAGGCUCCACCAACCUCUCAACAAAAUCUGAACAUAAUAACCUAGCUGGGUGUACCUGGGUGGGAUAUGGGAGUCACAGUAACCCUCUGGGGAUCAGUAAUAAUGUUUAUGUAUCAUGGAGGUUUUUGUAUAAUGCGUGCUGUGCCAGACAAGCCGCCUUUGCCUCAUUCGCGUCAAAAAUUACCAAUUACGGGUAAUUUCGAACAAAUGUUACUCAUAGAUUCAGUUUUAUUUGUAAUUUUAAUUGUUCUGUUGUGAUCAUUCAGGUGACCAAAAUCGCAGACAUAAAUACAGCUUAUGUUUCACAUGAUUGUGGUCAUACUGAGGAGAGGUAUUUGGUUAUUCUCAACGUGUUGACGAUGGUCACCCGUGACUGCAAAAUCUCCGGCGCGGCAGAUGAUCACCCAGCGGUAGCAGCGGCCUCCAUUUUAACUUCGACACCGAGCCAUACCUCACGUGUCCUGGGCUGUCUCUCUCACAUGACCCCAGUGUUUGUUCCCGUGAUCAGCACUUCCAUCUCCGUCUGUGACACCGAAUAUCACUGUUUAUUCAGACCCUGAUGGAUAUGCUUGAACGGAGUCUGGACAGCGCAAGACUUUAGGCAAAGAAGUGAAAGACUGUCAGCUGGAUGGCGGACUAGUUCUGUUCCCAAAGCCGAUGUCCAGUUGUGAAAGACAUGCCAAGAAAAGCAAGAAGAAGAAGCUGUCCAGGCAGCUGAAGGUGACAUAUCGUGUUGUUCAGGUGACAGACCAGCAACUUGAGGGAAGAGAUGAUGGGGCAGGAGCAAUGAGUGUUGUCUCAACAACUGGCUUCACUGGGGCCUCUCAGGCUGUGACUCAGACUGUGAUCCAAAACCCAUUCAGUAAUGGAGGAAGCCCAGCAGGAGAGGCGAUGGGGGGGGAGACACGCUUUGCUUACUUCCCUGCAACCGCGGUGAGCGACGGGACUGUGUCAGUGCAGGCCACUACAGACCCCACACUUACUCAGGCAGGGGGUCAGUUUUACGUGAUGAUGACCCCCCCUGAUGUAAUUCAGACAGCCACUGCGAGAACCAUUGCCCCACGCACGCAGCCCUACCCUGUGAAAAUGGAUGGACCACGAACACCAAGAGAUGAAAGGAGAAGAGCGCAACAUAAUGAAGUUGAGAGGCGGCGAAGAGACAAGAUCAACAACUGGAUUGUCACCCUUUCUAAGAUAAUCCCAGACUGCAGUAUGGACAGCACCAAGACAGGAGCAAGCAAAGGAGGCAUCCUGUCCAAAGCUUGUGAUUACAUCCAUGAGUUGAGGCAAAACAACCAACGACUGCAGGAGAGUCUGAAGGAAGUGGAGAGGAUACAAGUGGACAAUGAGUUGUGCAGGCAGCAGAUUGAAGAGCUGAAGAAUGAGAAUGCUUUGCUCCGAGCGCAGCUCCAGCAGCAUGGUAUUGAGAUGGUUGGAGAGACACCACCACAGUGACAGAGGGACGGAAGGAACGCCGAGGAGAACCAUCACUCCAACACAUACUCAACAUAGUGGAAAAGAAGGCGAGAUGAUUUAAAAAAUGACUUGUGAAGAAUCACUUUGCUGUUAGUGGAUGCAUCUUCCCUGGGUUCCCAGGGAACUUUCAGCAUCCAGUUGUGGCUGAACUUGACUGUUCCAGUCCUAAUGAGAUAACCACCCGUUACGGCUCAGCAGAAAUGUGCUCCAAGAAAUGAGGCGCACUCGCCACCACCAGAACGCUUUGCUCGCACUAGCUAUGAAAGAGAAUUUUGUAUUCAUGUAGCCUCGUUCAUGGACUAUAAUGUUUGUCGUUUUGUUCCCUGUUUGUGUGUUGUUGUUUUUUUCAAUAAUUAAUUUGGAUUUAGUUCCUGCUUUUAUUCUGGUUUUCUUUACAUUGUUUUUUAUCUGGUUUAAUUUAUUAAUCCACUUGCUGAUAGAAGCCUCAAUGGAUACCAGUUACAUGGAAGCUCAUCCCCCUCAGAGAAGCACAUUGAGUCUGAAGUGUGCACAACAUUGAGUUUAUAGACAGAAAUAAUGUGGUACACACAGGAUAGCUAGUCCCAAAGACUGUGCUGGCCUGUGCUUUUGGGCUGAUUUAUGUAAAUAGGACUUUUCAUGUUUUAAUACAGAUGUUAUAGAGGGUUAGAGCAGAUUAUCUCUGGGUGUAAACAAUCAAUGACUCAUAAACUUUAUGCUGGCACUUUGUCAAACAUACCAUGAAUUGUGUGUAAUCAAGAAGCUUGAUUUGGACAAAAAAGUUACAUAUUUGAAUUGCUGGGAAUUUGCUUAGCCAGAAAAA